AUGUCUACCACGUCCAGCACGCCCGACCUCUUCCGCGAAGUUUUCCCCGACUUCCGGGCUGAGAAAGCGUCGACUGUUUGUGUCGACAUUGGUAUUAGUACUGUGGGUGUGCUCGAGGCGGCCCUGGAGGACAAGGAGCUGACCGACGAACUAUUGAGAAGGUGUGCAUAUGGGGGACUCGACCGAGAGUCCGAAACAACCACUAUGACGGAGGUAGCCGAUGCGAAGUCUGCCAGCUCAUCCACCAAAAGUCCCGGUACUGCCAGCGAAGUCGUCGGUUCCAACAAAAACUAUGGUGGUGGUGGUGGUGUCGUCGUGGUCGAGAUCUUCUCGAAGCUGAGGAAGGCACGGCUGGCCUUGCCACAAGGGGUCACCCGCCUGCGGGACACUGACCCUUCUCUCCAAGGCGACUCUGCCCUCGGUACCUAUUUAAGAUCCAAUCAGUCUCACGAGUUGAUAGCUGUAGCCUUGGCUAAACCGGCGGUGAGCCAAUCUGGCAUACCCAGGCCACCUUCGGGCAAGGGUAUACGUAGGCAAGGGAGCGCUAUGCACUUCGGUGCUGACACUUGCCGUUUCACUCGCCAAUCCUGUCCCUUCG